AUGGACCGGCCAGACAGACUCCCUGGGCCGCCGCCCCUCGGCGCCGUUUCUCACCAGUCUACGGCCUCGCGCGGCCUGCCCGAUAAUCCUGCUCCUCCAACGGCUUCAGCGUCAGCUCCUGCUCCCGGCCGACGUCCUGUCCCUAACUCGGCCGCUACGUCCAACGGCCCGCCACUGCCGCCGCCGCCCAUCCCCGGCCUGCGAAGCGUUCCCUCGAAUGCGUCCCUCUCGGCCGCCGCCGCCAUGACGUCCGCCCAGAUCAUCAACCUCGCACGCGAGGCUAUGCGAAAUGCGCUCGAGAGCGAGAACAAGGCCGCCGAGGCGAGUGCUGUUGGCACAGGAAUCAAGACCGGCGUCACCAUCGACCUCAGUCGCAAGAACAUCCAGAAGCUACCCGAAGAGGUAGUCGACAUCGUCAAGAACGAGUUGGAACGACUUGCACUCUCCCACAACCAGCUUUCCACGCUCCCAAGCCGAUUUUCAGAAUGCACUUCCCUGCGCUACCUGAACAUCCGGGGCAACCAGAUCAAAGAAUUUCCCCAGGCUCUCUGCGAUCUGAAGUCUCUCGAGAUCCUCGAUCUAGGUCGCAACCAACUCCGAGUGUUACCCCCCGAUAUUGCAAGACUCUCCUCCUUGAAGGUUUUGUCUGUCCCGAAAAAUCAAAUCCGCGAGCUCCCACUCUGCCUUGCCGAUAUGGGCUCCCUGCAGGUUUUGAAGUUUGAAGGAAACCCAAUCAGCUUCCCACCCCGAGACGCAAUACAGGUACAAGCAGCGAGCCCGCCGAACGAGGGCAUCUUGCGCGACAGCGAAGUAACCGAAGUGGCCGUCACCUCGCAUAUCAAGAAGUUCCUCAAGCAACAUGCGCUCAAUGGUCGACUCGAAGCUGAGAAUACGGGGGACGAAUCGAGCGAGGGUACUGACACACCCCGCUUCCCGCUGAAACGAGUUGCCAGCGGCCGAUUUCCCAUCAAAGUCAACGGCGCAGAUCCCGACGUUCGAUCUCCUAACAAUGGGACUCGCCCACCCCCAAUUCCUUCCAGGUCGCACUACAGGGGUCUGUCACAACAGAGCACCACCGUUCGACGACCCGGUGUCAUGCCUCUGACGAUUGGGAAUGUCAACGAGCGUUCCCGCAGCAACUCGGAGACGCUGCUGCGAGCAGAUCGAUCGGAGAGUCGUAACCGUCGGAUGGGAAUUGUGUCAAGAAAGCCGUCGGACCUGGGCACCCUCGACGAAACACAAGCAAACAACCGUUUCAGCCAUUAUCGCGGACUAAGCCACGGCUCUGCUAUGCAAGGACACCCUGUUGGGAGCAAGAGUCCAGCCACACCCACCGAGCCUUAUCUUCAACGACCAAUCUACGUCCGGCGGCUUUCCGUCCUACCUGAGCGACGCAGAGAAUCAAAGAUCUUCGACCCUGUCAUCGAAGCUGCCAAAGGAAUCUUGUACUCGGUCUUCCAAAUCCACCCCAUGAUCCAGAUGCUUAUGAGCCUGACGAGCGACGAUUCGGCAAAGCGAUCUAGCCUGGAAAUUGUUUUUUACAAUACAAACUCGCACGUGGAGGAACUGGAACAGGAGAUCCAAAAGCAUGACAUGGCCUUGGUUGAGGAUCAGGACUACUCGUACCGAGAAAACGAGAACGUUCACCGGGCAUGUCAGACCUUGGUGAGUGCCUACGGCCACGUUUGCACUCUCUUGGCCAACAAUAUCGACAUUUUUGUCAAUAACGGAGACGCUCGAUAUAUUCGAACUCUCCUGAUGUUGCUGUACAACAGUAUUAUGGAGCUUCGUGUGACGCUUGCAUGCGUUAGUGCUGAAGAUGGACGACAAAACUCGACCGAGAGCGAUUCCGUCGGCGGCCAUACGUUACGGCCCCAUACUCGGGAACCCUCGGUUACACCCACCGUCGAGCGGUCGACUAUCUCGCGUAGUCGCAAUGGGACAUUGAUUCCUCACCCAUCGGUCAACCUACGCGUUGCCACCGAUGUUCCCGUCCCGGGUCUUCCUCCGUACCUCAAUGGAAACGGACGGGGGGCAGCCCCCCUGAGCUCGGCUACUCCGCGAUCAGGGGAGUCAUUUUCUUCUCUGGGAAGUCGAAAUGUGCCAUCCGAAUUCAGCGAGGAGGAUCGCCAGUUUGAGAAAGUCUUCCUGUCUUUGCAAAAGUCGACCGACGUUGUCAUGCGCACCCUUCCGAGCUUCAACGUGCAGUUGAUGGGUGGCCUGAGAAACGCUACGCACCGUCGCACUCCUGAAGGACUCCUCCAACAAUGGAAAGGUCUCAUCGCGAUGUGCGGCACAGUAAUUCAGCAGACUGAAAUGCUGAAGAACAGGCUAUCCCUCAUCAAGCUUAAGGAGCCUGGCGUUAGAACGCAAGCCAACUUCUGGGGCUUGUGCAGGAAUUUUAUAGGCUCUUGGGCCGACUUGGUGGAGAAGGUAAAGACGGAUAUCAACCACGUAUCGCUGCCGCCGGACACGAGAGACCAAUUGCGGCCAAUUCAACGCAGCAUGAAGGAGACGAGCACCAUCAUCUACCAAUCUCCCUGGCACUACUUCUUCCCUCGACCUUCUGGUAGAAACGGCAACGGUUCGGGAUCGUACCCGCUACAUGCCAUGUCGCCGACACAAAUGCCAAUUACCCCCCAAAGCGCUGCCCUGGGCCCUGCAAUGCAGGCCACGGUCCCCACGACGCCACAGAGCAGUUCCUUCGCAUCUGCUUUCCAUGGGAACGUGUUCGACCGCGCAGACGCCCUCAUGGCGAACCCAGGCAUCUCUAUGGGCCGGAACGGCAUGAUCAAGGGACACAUGGGCUUCAGCUCCCUUUCGUCACUCUCAUCCAUGUCCUCGGACGAGGGAAUACAUACACCAUCAAUCAUGGGUUCCCAUGGACCUCUCGGGCCAACCCCGCUGCGCCUCAACGGAAGUAAAGUUGCCUUCUGA